GUUGAAACUUGCACGUUUUAACAGUCUGUCUUUGUUUGUCUACUCUGCUUGUUCGAAUCUUUCAAUACCUAUGUUGGUUGCUGAUUAGGAUUCGCAGCUGGAGAGUUCAUUGGUUCGAAAUUUCACUCAAGAGUGGGUGCUGCUAAAAAGGAAACCAAACAAACGUUUCGAUAAAGCGUGAGGUGAACAAAGCGAGUCAAGUACGUAUCGAUAUGAACGGCACGGAUACACUGGUGAUAAAUACCACAAAUGAGGCACCAUCGACUUUGAAACACCGAGAACUGCCCGAGUUAAUUUUAAAAGUUUACUUGACAAGAGGAAUAAUCGCCAUACCCAUGGCGUUGAUUACAUCUUUCUCGAAUGGUCUUGUAAUGUUUCUGUUUCUGACGGAUCCAAAGAGAUGUCUUCGUUCUUCUCCGAGCUGUCUUCUUGUUGCGAGUCUGGCUCUAGUAGACUUCAUGGUGGGAGGCUUCCUGGAACCCACUGAUGCCUACUACAGCCUUGCCAUAGCUUUUGGGCGGCAGCACUCCAUAAGAAGAAAAGACUUGCAAAGCGCUGCAGCUUAUUUUCUCCUCUGCUCGAUGCUUCUACUUUUGCUAAUAACGUUUGAUCGUUACACGGCGAUAUCUCGACCCAUUCAUUACCCUCACAGAAUCACCAAAAAGAGAGUGUGCAUAAGCGUGGUGAUGGUAUGGAUCUACUGCGCCUUGCUAAUCAUUGGUAUAAGACAGUGGGGCGAAAAGUUCAGGAAUGAAAUUUUCUGUGUUCAUGUCGAUGUAGUCGUGUUGGUUAUAACGGUGCUUUUCUGUAACAUUGUGUACUUGCUGCGUAAGCAGACGAGUAGCUUAAAAAGAUUUAGCAGGUCCUCGGAUGACAUCUUCGUCGUUCGAGCCUCAGAACGCGAGCGUAAAAUAACCAUGACACUAUUACUCAUGCUUGUGAUAUUCCUUGUAUGUACUAUGCCCUGGUUUAUCAUGAUGCAGAUUUUUGACUAUUGUGAUAUUUGCAAAAAGAAUUGGUGGAUCAUGAAGUUGCUGUUUAUUUUGUUCCAAGCUAACUGCGCUUUCAAUCCGUUCUUGUGUACACUGCGGAUGCCUCCUUACAAGACAAGUGUAAAGUUGGCCCUAUUGCGAUUCGAAUUUUUUCGUCGCUGCUUUAGGUCAACUUGUCCCGCAAGGCAAGAAUAUCAACUUCAAAGGCGAGACGCCAACUGCAGCAACCGAGGGGGCAGAAAAGGAAGACUGGCUUCCAGUUCAAGUUUUGUUUUACCGAAAGCGUUUUAAAUGUUUUUGAAUGUAUGAAAAUCAUAUUAUACAUGAAAACGUUUCGAUUAAAAGAAAAAGGACUUCUAAGCAGUCACGACGGAAACGCCGAGAAGACGCCGAUCAAAACACAAAUUUACAUUUUUAUUGAGAAUUUCGCAAAUGGCUGAGUGUGUUUACCAUCUCCUAUGGCCCCACAACUCAGCUUCAGCAUAACGUAUGUGAGUUCCAAAUGGUAACUCAAAUAACUGCCGUUGGGGUUUCCGUUCACAAACCCCGUAAAUUUUGAUGACUUAACGUUAUUAUUGUUUUGUAGAGGACGGCUAAGGAAUAUAUAUAAUUCGAUUUGAAAACGCACGUCUGCCCUUUAGAUCUCUUGUUUUGCCACGUCCUGGUACCAGUCGUCGUUCCCAUUAUCGAUUCAUCAAGGCUUAAAAUUAGUGAGUUUAUUUUUGUUUUGGUACUGCAGACGAGUAGGAAUGCAUACCCCUAUGACCUGUUUCAAGGUUUCCACAUGUACUAGACAUAGGACGCCCUCACGAACAUUGAACAAUGCUGGCGAUCUUAAGGAUUGACGGCUGAAAACAGGGCACGUAUUUCUAAUAUUUGUGUCUUGCUCCCAACCCAUGGCUCAGUUGUUUGUAGCGUGCGUCCAACUAUAACCUGGGAGGCCUGGGUUCAAAUCCCGUCCAAGCCUGAACAUUUUUUCAGACAUCUUUUCUGCAAUUGCUUGAAUUGCGGCUCACUGGCGUGGACCAUGGCUUUAUUUGAUCGAAUAUUUGUGUUGUGUUCUGGAGAGCUUUAUCAGUUUUAAGAAUCUUUAUUUUUUUUUUGUCGAUGGUGGCAAAGGUAAUUUUUUUUUUCGUAUUUUUGAAAACUUAGGUGGUUAUAUAGCUGUUCAGGAGGGAUGAAAAGGUAGCAUUUUGUAUGAGAAGGGAUGAGUUUAUUAACUAGCUUUUCUCUCUAUCAGCGACGGAAAUAUGAAGAAUUUCUCUUCAAGGUUCUUGAAGAAAACGAGAUUGGGAUUUUCACCAGUUUGGGACAUAGCGUGUGAUGAGUGUUCACCUGACUUAGUUAUUUAUGCCACAUGAGGAU